UCGGAGCCAGUUUCUGAGCCGGUGCCAAGACUGGAGCCUGCGUCUGAGAAGACGUCCGACCCAAGGCCAGAGUCCAGACCGGGAACGGAAUUGCUGCUGGGAUUGGGGCGGGGGUCAGGGCCCUGGCAAGAGUUGGGCUCAAGUGUAGGGGCUGGACCCUUCCCCAAGACCUCGCCAGAGCAGCUACCGGCACUCGGGCCAGUAGCGGGGAGCGUGCCCUGGACCAAACCCGAGCCCGGGUCGUUGCCGGCGUCAAAGCCGCUACCCCUUGGGCGACCUGGACAGGCGAGGACGCCUCUUGGGGUUCCAAUGUCAGGGACUGACACGACCUCCACUGCGCCCAUGGCUUUACUGCCUCUGGACAGCUUCAAGGGCUGGCUGCUCAAGUGGACCAACUACCUGAAAGGCUACCAGCGGCGCUGGUUCGUGCUCAGCAACGGCCUGCUGUCUUACUACAGAAAUCAGGGUGAAAUGGCCCACACCUGUCGUGGCACCAUCAACCUGUCCACCGCUCACUUUGACACGGAGGACUCUUGCAGUAUCGUGCUGACCAGUGGGGCAAGGACCUACCACCUCAAGGCCAGCUCGGAGGUAGAGCGGCAGCAGUGGAUCACCGCCCUGGAGCUGGCCAAGGCCAAGGCUGUCUGCAUGAUGAGCAGCCACUCAGCUGUCAUGAGAUCCUGUGAGCACCAGCCCUGAACAGUUUUGUAUCUGCCUGCUGUCCUUCACCUGUAUGGCCUCUACCUUGGUUCGGCCACCUGGGUUCCCAGACUGUGGACUCGAGAGACUCCAACA